AAAAAACGCAACGAGGACCGGAGCACGAGAAGACGGGGGCCAUGGCUGCGGUGGCGGGCGGCGACCCGGAGACGGUGGAGGUGACGCUGCGCGCCGUUGGUCCGUCCCGGCCGACCACGAUCCGCCUCCCACCGAUUAUCUCGGUUGUUGAUCUGCGCCGCCGCGUUGCCCAGGACCGGCGUCUACCAGAAGACCGCCUCCGCCUGGUCCUGCGAGGGACCACUCUCCCGUGGGGAGACGACGACCUUGUCAAAUUCCGCGAUGGGGAUAGUCUUAUAGUGGCCGUGGCACCUAAACCACCUGCUAAGCAUCUCCGUGGCGGCGACGACGAUGAUGAUGAUGAUGACGAUGAAGAAGAACUGAAGUUCAAAAUGCCACAAACAACUACCUGGUGGAAGAAACGAAUUUUCGUAUUUCUUAGAGACAAACUGAGAUUUCCUGAUAUCUUGCUGAUGGCACUAUUUUCUGUCACUAUGAAAGCAUGGAUUAUUAUUUCUCUGUGGUUUCUAUUGGCACCUAUUGCUCGAAAGUAUGAGAUUGGACCUUUAUAUAUACUUGCUACAGGUUUCUUGAUCAUACUUCUUAAUCUUGGAAGACGACAACAAGGUGAUGUCAGUGCAUAUUCCAUAUUUAAUGAAGACUUCAGGGAGCUGCCGGGAACAUUUAACGCAGAGCGCAUAGAUAGAGAUCUCCGAGCAGGCCAAUUCUGAGGAGUGAGGAAACCUGAAGAGAAAAUUUGCGUGGGAAGUGUCAUCUUGUAGAGUUUUUCAAGAGAACCCAUCUUGUAGAGUAGCCAUUGCAGGUUUGCCAUCUCAUGUGCAUUGGUUUAUCGCUUACAUGUACAUGUUUAUUUGGGUUGGGGACAAACAUAACAGACCUACAUGUAUGUGCAUCUGAUCUACUAUAGAGAAGUAUUUGCUCAUGUA